CAGCUUCCUUCAUUGCAGUCCAAACUCCAUUUCUGAGUUCUCCCAAUGGAAGAUCUUUCAGAGGAAAAGGAGAAUGAAGAGCCACUCUUGAUCACAUCCUCCCAAACUUCAAAAGGCGGCUUCAGAACCUUCCCUUUCAUUAUUGGAAAUUCGGCGUUGUUGUUUCUGGCGAUUUACGCAUUGACACCAGACAUGAUACUUUAUUUGAUGAAAGAGUAUAAUAUGGAUAUGGCUUCCGGGUCCAAUGUUUUGUAUCUUUGGUCGGCGGCGUUGAAUUUCACGCCGGUGAUCGGAGCUCUCAUGGCGGAUUCUUUUGUGGGUCGGUUUCAGAUGAUCGGUCUCGGCUCUGCUCUUUGCCUUCUGGUCCUCGUACAGUUAAAUCUUUUCCGAAUAAAGAUUUCUUGA